UGUAAAAUGUGUGGAUCCGUUUCCACCGAUGCCUCACUUCACUGUCAAUCCUCAGUUGAUUUUGUUGUGAUUUUCGUUUUACAAGUGCAAUGGAGAGCGAUAACGCGCCGCCGAACCCGGCUGCGAAUCAGCUGCCAGGGGCAGAUUCGUUGCCGGACGGAUUUGUGGAUAGCUCCACCGACGGCUCAUAUGCUCCAAUGUCACCCAGGAUAGCGUCGCUACACGCACCGGAGUUGACAGAUUAUAAGGAGGAUACGCUACUGGAGCCCGAAUUGAGGCCAGGCGUGAUUGUCAAUCAUAUACAUUUUGAUGCACCUUCUGAUAGUGUGCUUAGAGAUGCGGACGAUGAAGUUGGAGUGGAGGUACAAGGCAGCCCCGAGAAUUCUAUCCAAAAUCAGCAGGCACCCACGAAGAAGGAGACACUGCCACAAGAGAGCUCUGAGCACCGAAAAAUAGAAGCCUCUGAAGGAAAACGGAAGAACGCAAAACGUGGAUUUAAAUCAGAGAAGGAAUUUUUGGAGUUCACUUUAAGAUAUCAACAAGUUCUUACUGAAAGAGAUUCAGCUAUUGCUGUUCGGGAUAGACUUGAGUCAUUGUGUCGGGAAUUGCAACGUCAAAACAAGACACUGAUGGAUGAAUGCAAAAGAGUUUCAACCGAAGGUCAAAAUUUGAGAUUGGACAUAUCAAACAAAUUUCGAGAUGCAAUCAAGGAAGUAAGCAACAAGAUGGAAGAGCAAAAGGAUGAAUGUCUAUCACAGUUGAAGGAGAAUGAGACGUUAAAGUGCAAAUUGAAACAAGUUGCGGAGCAGUAUGCUGUAGCUGAGGAGCAAUUCAAUCUUAAGUUGAAGCAGAAGGAUCUUGAACUCCAGAUAGCUGAUUUAAAAAUCAAGCAACAUGAAGAGAAAAUAUUGCAAGAAGAAUCCAAGAUGAAAAUGUAUGCAGAACAAGUCUCUGAAUUAUUGGCUACUGAAAAGAAUUUGAGAGUUCAGUUAACAGCUGAUGGUGAAAAGUUCCAGCAAUUUCAGGAAGCAUUGUCAAAGAGCAAUGACGUAUUUGAAGGCUUUAAGGUAGAAGUUCACAAGAUGUCCAAAUCUAUAAAAGAGCUCAGAAAGGAGAAUGCUCUCUUGAAGAGCAAAUGUGAGAAUUCAGAUAUUGCUCUCGUAAAGCUGGCUGAAGAGCGAGAGCACAUGAAGAAGCAACUAGAGAGAACGCGGAACCAGAAGGAGAAACUUGAGUCAUUGUGCCGCUCACUUCAAGCCGAGCGUAAGGCCAGUUCCACUGCAAUUGGCAGUGGCUCCGAUUCAGUCCUGGCUUGAAAAUUAUCAACUCCGAUGACAACUGAAAAUCAAAUGGUUAGAUUGUUUUGUGGCUAAUGGAUAUAUAUAUGGCACCUGUGUUUGUAAUGCAUCUAUUUUACUCACCUUCUCCCUCACAUUAUCAUAUUUUUCAAGGCAUUUGUGCAUUGCUCAUAUGCAUUUUGACUGUUUACAUAAAAGGUUAAUUGCAUC